AUGGACAUGAGGCUGUUCACUGCCCUGUUCUCUGCUUUACCAUUGAUCCUGGCACAGCAUCAUGUCAAGUGUCCGACUGAGACGAUCCAGGCAGAAGAAGGUGAUGAUGUUACACUUAGGUUUGAUCUGGAUCCCCGGGUCAACCUGGAGGAUUAUACACUGGACGUUAGGAGAACUGACCUCGACGAGGUCGUCCACGCCUAUCGACAUGGAAAGGACCUCACUGAUCCACAGAUGGAGCGAUACAGAGACAGAACAACUCUCAUCCAUGAAGACCUGAGCAGAGGAAUCGUGACACUGCAGAUCUCCUCAGUUCAGCUGAAGGACAGUGGACCGUACCGAUGUUUUGUUCUAGGGCUGAGAGCUGGUUGUACCACUGUCCUUAAUGUUGUGAAAAAAGUCCAACACAACAAGACGAAGACAGAUGAUGUCAUGACCACCACCUCGCCACCAAACCCUGAUGCUCAGACGGUGAAUGUUGGUGCCGUUGUUGGUGGAGUUCUUGGUGCUGUUGUUCUAAUUAUUAUUAUCAUCGUCCUGGUGAAACGAGGAAUCAUCAGGAGGAGUGAGGAGAGGCUGCGGGGAAGAAGGGAGCAGGAACCAGAGAUGGAGGGAGGAGGAGGAGGAGAAGAACCUGCAGAAGCAGCUUGUUAA